UUGAAUAACAGGAUGUGGGUUUUCGACCUUGUAAUCUAAGGGAAACGUUUUUGUCAUUAGACACAGCCCACAGUGAGACAUUCACAUAUAAACCAGGAGUCCGAUCACAAUGGAGAUUGGUGACAUGAUUAAGAUAAACAGAGGUCAAUACAAACACUGGGCUCUGUACAUUGGAAACGGAAAGGUCAUCCAUGUGGUAACUCCAGAUGGGCCUUCAAGAGUAGCUUUCUGCAGUGUUAGCUCAUCCAGCGGCAGUCUUUCCUGUAAAGGCACGAUUACAAUAGAGAUGUUAAAGGAUGUGGCAGCAGGGAAUACUUACAAAAUCCACAACUACUUGGAUGACGAGUUCAAACCAAGGCCGACUGACGUCAUUAUGGGGGAUGUGGACAUAAUGAGAGGCCGCACAAUAGAAUAUGGCCUCCUUGGAAACAACUGCGAGCAUUUUGUUACUUUCCUCCGUUAUGGCAAAUCAAAGUCCCAACAGGCAGAUGACUUCAUGAAGAAUUUGUUCAUUGGUUCUGGCCUGCUUAGUGGAGUGGUUGCUGUUACCGUUGUUGCCGCUGCUUUAGCAAUCAAAGCUUUUACAUAGGUACCUUGGAUCWUUCAUGAGUCCAUGGAGAAUGUCAGUGAUGCAAAAUGUUGUUUAUAGCCUAAUGAAUAAAGGACCAUCUCAAAGACCAA